GAAGGGACGGUCCUCGGUACAAGGUAGGGAAGACCUUAACUCUCAGAGAAUAUUUAUAAAAAUAUUUACAUUUAACUCAUUCUCAUCCAAAGACACUAGCAGGACUCGAACUCAGAAUAUCUUGAACUAAGACCUAUUUUCACCACUAGACCAAACUUUGGAGAUAAAAUUCUAGUUUUGUAUAUUAAUUUGUGGUUUGUUAAAAAUUUGUAUUAUUAGUUCUGCAAGACAAAACGGUAUUUAUUUAUUUAUUUAUUUAUGAGUUACAUAGGAGUAUAUGAUGUUAUGAUUAUGAGGUGGGGUUACACAUGUUAUUAAAAGAGAACAAGUAUGUGUAGAGCAAAAAUAGGGUCAUUUUGACCGGUUCUUCAUACUUAAAAAAAAUUCACCUCUCAGUUUAUCAGAUAUUCACAUCAUCACCAGAGAGUCUCUCUGGUUUCCCUUUUCUGUGUCUCUUUCUUCUAAUGUAAUGUUCUUCAGACAAAGGGAAAAGAUCCAAGGGGUACGCAAAUUGCAUUACAUUACAUACAUAUAUGUAUAUUAAACAAAAAAAGUAACAUAUGUAAUAAUAAUUGAAAGAAAAUACAAAAACAUUCAUUAAAAUGAGGGUGUUCUAUAUGUUUUCAUUGCCAAUGACUAUUGGCAUGGUUAUUUUCACAUUGAAAUAUUUCUCUGGACCUGAUGUGCCCAAAUAUGUGUUCUUCACCGUCGCUUAUGCUUGGUUCUGCUCCCUCUCCAUCAUCAUCCUUGUCCCUGCCGAUAUAUGGACGACGCUAAAUAAUAAUUAUAAUGGAGCAAUUUCCUUCUUAUGGAGUUUAUCAUAUUGGAGUACCUUCUUACUUACAUGGGCUGUGGUUCCCCUUCUUCAGGGUUACGAAGAUGCUGGAGACUUUACGGUGAAAACAAGAUUAAGGACAAGCUUACACCAUAACCUUGUUUUCUAUCUCUCCCUUGGUUCUGUGGGACUUUUUGGAUUGAUAUUACUAAUAGCUCUUAACAAAUUUUGGAGUGGUAGUGUUUUGGGUUUUGCCAUGGCUUGCUCUAACACCUUUGGACUUGUUACCGGUGCAUUUCUACUUGGAUUUGGUAUGAGUGAAAUUCCAAAGGGAAUUUGGUUAAGUGCUGAUUGGACCAUUCAGCAAAAAGUUCUUUCCCAUAAAGUUGCGAAAAUGGCUGUCAAAUUAGACGACGCUCAUCAAGAUUUUUCAAAUGCUAUUGUUAUCACACAGGCAACAUCAAAGCAAAUGUCCAAGCGGGAUUCGUUGAGACCCUACAUGAAUAUAAUUGACAAAAUGCUCGUUCAUAUGUUAGAAGAAGACCCUUCCUUCAAGCCACAGGGUGGAAGACUAGGAGAAAGUGACAUGGAUUAUGAUACAGAUCAGAAAUCAAUGGCAUCACUAAGACGUCGUCUUAGAAGAGCUCGUGAGCAGUACUAUCGAUAUAGAAGCGAAUAUACAAAAUUUGUCCUACAAGCCCUUGAGCUAGAGGAUACGAUAAAGAACUACGACCGUCGUGAUGCUACAAGAUGGAGAUAUAUUUCAUGCUUGAGGCCUGAACGAAUAGGCAAAGUAGGUGCAGUUCUGGAUACAAUUGAGUUUCUAUGGCGAUGUAUAUUAAGGAAACAGCUUGAGAAAUCAUUGGCCGUUAUAUUAGGCUUCAUGUCGUUCGCUAUUCUAUUAGCAGAGGCUACCAUACUACUUGGCGUUGAUCUAUCUCUUUUCUCUAUCCUGGUACAUGCUGCCGGACAGAGAGAAGUGCUUGUGCAGUUAGCUGCUUUCGUCCCUUUGAUGUAUAUGUGUGUUUGUACAUAUUAUUCCUUGUUUAAAAUGGGAAUGUUGAUGUUUUACUCACUGACACCAAGACAAACAAGCUCCGUAAGCUUGCUUAUGAUAUGCUCACAGGUGGCAAGAUAUGCUGCACCUAUUUCAUACAACUUUCUCAAUCUCAUAAAUAUUGGUGGGAAUAGAAAAACCAUUUUCGAAAAAAAAAUGGGAAACAUUGACGAUGCUGUUCCUUUUUUUGGGAAAGGAUUCAACAAAAUUUAUCCUGUUAUCAUGGUUAUAUACACUUUACUAAUAGCGGGAAAUUUCUUUAACCGAGUAAUUGACUAUUGUGGGAAUUGGAAAAUAUUCAAGUUCAGUGAUGAUGCAGAAGAUAUGGACGGAUUUGAUCCGUCCGGAGUAAUAAUCUUACAGAAAGAACGUUCUCUUCUUCAGCAAGGGCACAAUGUCGGCGAACUUGUUUUCCCUUUAGCUAGGAGUUUCAGCGUAAUUAUGGAUGUUGAGUCUGCCAACAAGACCAAGGCUAUGGAUGAGAGUGGCGCCGGUGAAGAUAAAACUAUCAUCAUGGUAGAGCCGAAAAGUGAAGAAACUCAGAAUGACAGCAGAAAAAUUGGUGGAAGAAAGUAUUCAGCCUUAAGGACAAACCUGAAUGAAGAAGGUUCAAGUAAAGAUUUCAGCGUUGAAAGAGAUUCUUCCUCUACGACAAAUGAUUCUCGUCGGGACAUUAGUUUAGGGCCAGCGUCUCCGUCUGUGUUAGCCUCAAAAUGGGAAUCAAUGAUGCAUGGAUUUAAAAGUUUGAAAUCUAACAUUGACUCGAAUAGAUUCCUCCCUCUUAGUAGUAGUACUCAUACAUCCUCUAUAAACUCAACAUCUUCAUUUGAAUCUCUUGAUGAUAUAUUUGAUAGAUUGCGACGUCCACCUUCAGAACACAGAGAUUUGGGUGCCGAAUAAUAUGAUCAUAGAGAAGAUUCAAGGAAAUUGAGUUUGCAAGAUAAACUGAAAUGUACUAUAGGAAUAUUUCAAACAUGACUUAAUCUGCUUCAAAAUUUUGUUUAUUAUGAACAAGAGUUGCCUGUACAACUUAUGGAGAUUAUGUCCAUGUUGCACAGAUUUGUUUAUAUUUAUAGUCAUAAGAUUUUGUAUGACAUAAGUUUAUUGAAAAGUAUUGUAUAUUCUCAAAGAUAA